AUGCAUCUUCAUGAACUGGCUGACAGAUGGUCACUGAUCGCCAGUCACCUGCCAGGGCGGACUGACAACGAGAUCAAGAAUUACUGGAACGCUCAUCUUAGCAGGCAGAUCCACAGCUUCCGGCGCAUGUACACCGCUGGCAAGGAAACCACCAUAACCAUCGACAUGAACAAGCUUUCCACCGCUUCCAAGCGCCGAGGCGGCCGGGCACCAAGGAGCAGCACGAAGAAGCAGCCGGUGCUUGAGCCCACCAAGUCAAUGGAAUGCUCUAGGCCGGUCGGUGACAUGUCAUCAUCAACAUCAAGCCUACCUCAGGGAAACUCGGAAACUAUGUUAGACCAGAACCAGCCGAUCACCAUCAUCACUAAUGAUACAGCCUGUAGUGAGGAACCCAUGAUCAUGGACCCCAUAGAUCUGAAUGGUGGUGUCCUGGAGCCCAACUACGCGAACAACUCAAUGGAUCAGAUUGGGAUUUUGCAGGAGUGUGGGGAGAUUGAGGCCCUGUUAUCAAGCAUCGACGACAUGCCAGCUAGUGUGCUGACUGGCAUCGAGCACAGAGGCAACUCACCUCGGGUUGAGGAUCUCCUGGGCAUGGACUGGGAGGGUUUUGCGUCUCACCUAUGCGACGAACCAGCCCAGAAUGAUCUCCUCCAGACCGUGAAGCCGCAGGAAGGAAGGAAUCAAGGAAGGCAUCUCCCUCCGGCCAGCAAUGCUGACAGUGAGCUGAGGGGAGGACAGGGCAGCAUCUGA